AUGACCAUGACCAUGACCAUGACCAUGGCCACCCCCUGGGAUGACGCGCCCACUGCUCCCACGAAACAAGGAGGAAUCCAUCGAUUUGAUCCUGAAAGGCGCAUUCUUUCAUUCUUGUUCUACACCCACUUCAGCGAUACAAGGCUUGGCUUCGCCACGCCACCGCCCGACAAGUACCUCGACCCUCGUCUUAGCGUCGACAAAAUACCCAAGCAACGGCCACUCCCAGACCCAGACCCAGACCCAGAUCCCGACCCCGACCCCUUCCAGCCAAAACAUCCGCAAUCAAUUGACUUUGGGAUCCAAGGCCAGGUCAACGCGACCACUUCAAGCGACUGGUUUUCGUUGUCGCUCGCUUCCCACUUCCCACAUAACAAGGCGAGAGCAAACACGGCUGGCGACUUUGGAGGAAGCGCAAUACUUGCCUUGCACGCACCGCGAACUGCGAACGCCGGUGUCACCACCCGCGCGUCCUAG